GUUGUUGUACUGUACAUGGCCUGCGAAGUACUGUCAACACUAACGGUUGUAUCAUCUCCAUUUAGGCCGGAUUUAAAACCCACACAGGGUUUCUGCUGCUGGUGCUUCGGAUGUCCAAGUACAGACUCUUUCUGCUGAGGCAUGGUGAGGGGGCCUGGAACAAAGAGAACCGCUUCUGCAGCUGGGUUGACCAGAAGCUGAGUGAAGAUGGGGUGAAGGAGGCCCAAGACUGUGGCAGGCUCUUGAAAGAACAGGGCUACAAGUUCGACUUGGUAUUCACCUCCAUACUUAGCCGGUCCAUCCAGACAGCCUGGCUGGUGCUGGAGGCUAUGGGCCAGGAGUGGGUCCCUGUUGUCAAGUCCUGGAGACUUAAUGAGCGCCACUAUGGUGCCCUGAUUGGCUUGAACCGGGCAGAGAUGGCUUUACAACAUGGAGAGGAACAGGUGAAGCUGUGGAGAAGGAGCUAUGACAUCACUCCACCUCCGAUUGAUGAAUCCCAUCCAUACUUUCUGGAAAUCUACAAUGACCGUAGAUAUGCAACUUGUGAUGUGUCCAAGGACAGCCUUCCUCGAGCAGAGAGCCUGAAGGAGGUGCUGGACAGGCUGCUGCCAUACUGGGACAGAACUGUGGUGCCAGAGAUAAGGAAAGGCAGGACUGUGCUCAUUUCUGCUCAUGGAAACAGCUGCAGGGCUCUGCUGAAACACCUGGAAGGUAUAUCAGAGAAGGACAUAGCCAACGUGACUUUACCUACAGGGAUACCUGUGCUGCUUGAGCUGGAUGAAAACCUGAGGCCUGUGAAACCGCGACAGCUCUUGGGAGACCAGGCAAAGAUUCAGGCAGCCAUUAAAAAGGUGGAGGAUCAGGGAAAAGCCAAACCAUCAACUUGAAUUCACUAAACUGACUGUAAGAUUUAACAUAGCUCUGUUCUUGUCUCUUCUGAUCCUCUUCAAAAUAAUCAGAUAACUCAUAAUAUAACAUUAGACAAUAACAACAAGAGAUUCUUGUUAGUAAGAUUAAAAGAACAGGUGUUCUGACUUACAGUUAAAUUGCUGUAUGUGUAAUAAGGAAGAAGAAGGAAGAAGUCCAUCAAUGUACUGUAAAUGUUUCAGCGCUGUGUAUUAUGUGUAAGCACUGAGGGCAAAUUUGGUUCAUAUCUUAUUUUUAAGCUAAUUGUCCCUACGUAUGACUGUAUGGUGACCCUAAAGUGGUUAUGUAUUUAUUUACUCCUUGACUCUACCUUUGCGUAUUUAUAGUAAUGUGGUGAAGGUGAAAAAUCUUGAAGGAAAAUAAUGCUCUUUUGCUAAAUGAUGCUUUUCUAUUACAGUGAUAAGCUUUAAGGGUUUUCUCUUACAUUUUAAAAAUGUGCCUUCAGUAUUAACCUCAUGCUCAGAUUCAGUUAUUUUUGAAAGCUCAAACAGGUCUUAUGGUGAUUUUAUUUGGGAAUAAAAGCACUCCAUUAACAAACUUUACCUCAUAGAAAUUGAUAGCCAGGCUGUUCAUUUAAAGAAUGGGUUAAUUGUGAGCCACAGAAGAGCUGUAAAUAUGCAAAACACUUAAAUCCUCUACUGUCGUAUGUGAGUUACUUAUAGUUUUAAAUGUCCUAUAGGUAUGACAGGCAGACAUGUUGCUUUUCUAUUAGGUUCAUACAGUACAUUCAAUUUGACAUUGAAUACAUUGAGUUUAAAACACCAUGGCUAUCGACCGUGGUUAUUUGGUAUAACUGGUUUAUGCUUUGCACGUUUUGGGGAUAUGAGGAAGAUUUUUUGAAUUUAUCCCCUUGUUGAAAAAAUGCAAACCAUGUGAAAAACAAGCACUAUUUGAUGUUCAUUUUAAAUUCUAAAUUUUUGUUCUUAUAGCAGCACUCUCUUUUAAUAUUAUGUUACUACUGUGUGUGGUACAGGCUACUUUACUGCAUGUUGUAUUGUGUCUCUUGUUACAGUACUGUGCAUCGUUUGUGUCUCCUGUUUUCUCAGUUUGUUGUGGUUUUUAUCUGCCACUGUUAUUUUGUACACUGGUUUGUUAGGUCAACAGGGGAAAGAUGAUAAGUUAAGAACAUGCAUAUGAUUAUACUAAAGGGUAGAAAACACUGAUAUAUUUGUAAUUUCAUGGAGGAUGAUUUAAUGUCUUUCCUGCUGUCUACACCUUCCCAUGGGAGAGUUAGCAUGAUGGAAUAAAGGGAAUAACAUUUUCCUAAAAUAAAACUUUUAAUUACUCUGUUAA